AGAAAAGGAGUUGAUAAAUGAGAGAAGUCGUGAAAGGGAGAGCCAUGAAAAAGAUUUGGAAAAAUUACGCAAAGAGAAGAAGGAUGUUGAAAAGCAGCAAGAUCAAAAAUUGAAUGAGCUGAGUGAGAAAUUAUCGACGGCAGAACAACAGAUACUUGAUCUUAACAUGACUAUCCAAGAACGUGAUGCUGACCUCCAAUAUGUUAGGCAACAACUUGGUAAUCAGACCAAUCGAGCAAAAGAUGCGGCCGAUCGAUAUGUAAAGGAACAAGAAAGGCUUCGUGUAGAAUUGGACACGAUGCGCCAAGAAACAGAAAAUUUACGUUCACAACUUGAAGUCAUUGGAGAUGAGCUCGAAAAUAAAAAGACACAAAUUAUGGAAUAUGAGAAUGAAGUUAAACAUUUGAAUAAUUUACGCACGAAAUUGAAUGAAAAGUUGUCAGCGAGCGAGGCCGCCCGUUCUAAAAGUGAAGAAGUUUUCCGCAACCUGCAGAUGGAUGUUCGAGACAAGAAUUCGACAAUUGAUGAGCUAAAAGCUCAAGUUGCUCAUUUGGAGAAUAAUUUAACUCAAGAAAAGAAGUCAACAUAUUCAAAUGAAACACAAUAUAGGGAUCAGAUUAUUGAGCGCAAUACUUUAUUGAUGACCACUUUUCAAUAUUUAGACACUAUAAUGUCAGAUGGUACAAGCAAACAAUCUACUCACCCUAAACCUUCUUCUAAUUUCGCGAAAUUCCAUGAGCAUUUAUUGGCAAAGCUUAAGACUCUUAGUCAUGUUUAUAAUACCUUUGACCGACGAGCCAAAGAAAUUGAUAAUCGUUGGCAAGAACAAUAUGAGUCGCUAAAGAGUCAGAUGGAUAUAAAAUUAAGGUUAUUGAGUAAGUUCGAAGGGAUGGUACAAAAGGCAUCUACCGCCCAGAAAGAUUGGCGGGAACAAGCAAAGAAAAAUCAAUUAGAGCUCGAAGCCGCGAGGAAUACAAACGAAGAACUUAUUGAACAGUUAUCAACUCUGCGUGAGCAACUUGACGAACUUCGAACUGUAAGUGUACGUGCUGAAGAACUUGAGAAUAAAUUAAAAGAAAGCGACAAACGAACUAGAACAUUCGAAUCACAAAUGAAAGACGACGAGAGAAAGUAUGACUCACGCCUCAAAGAUUUAGAGUUCAAGGUACGGCAGGCUGAAGAAAGGUUAAAAGUGGAGAAACAAGGCGCCAAAGAAAAAGUUGAAUCAUUGAUUGAGAACAUCAAGGAUCUCGAGACGCAGCUACAAGCACAAAAUCGACGAAACGUACAAUUGCAAGAAUUAAUUUCUAUUCAAAAAGCUUCGAUGGAGGCAACUAACGAGUCGAAGGUGAUAGCAGCGAAAGCCGAAAAUACCUUCUCUAUGCUCAAUGAACAACUUCGUGAACAACUCGAAGAGAAAAAUAAAUCGAUUGACAAUGAAAGGCAAAGAGUAAAAAAUUUGGAAGAACAGUUCGCUAGUCUGAUGGAAGAACACAAAAGAUUAUGUGUGACGAUUGAAAAGCGAGAAGCACUUUUAAAUAAAGCACUUAGUGGGUUGCAGAUGAUCAACCAACGAAAAGAUUUGGUAGAAAAUACAGUAUUUCAAAAUCUGCGUGAAGUCACGGAGGAAGUUCGAUCAACUUUGCUCGAUGGCGAAGGUCAUCGAAGAUCUACUUAUCAGCCACCUCCUUACAUCAACCCGCCAUGGAAGCCAGCUGGAAAUUAUCCAACAGUAAAUAAAAAGACUGUUGCUUCUAAAGUGCCAUCUCCUAAAACGACAUCUAUUCCAACUUACUCCCCAUCAUCAAAAAUAAAACCUGUGAGCAAUACAAAAUCUGGAAUACCAACCCGGGCACCGUCCAGUGAAAAAACAAACAGCGCCUCCGCUUCUAGCAAUAAUGGCACAACCAAUCAACGAGGAGCAUCUCCAAAAGAAGCAAAAUAA